GUUGAAUAAAAAGGCCCGCAGGACAAAGGUGGCCGCAUCGCGGCGUCUCUUCAUAUAUGUACACUGUCGCCCCGCAAAUCAGGGAGCGGCGGUUGGAUUUCGACAGCCAUCCCUUCUGCUCUGCCAUCGCCCAUCUGCAUUCCAUCUCUCUCUCUCUCUCCAACUAACAAAGCACCGCAACUCCCCACAUCAAACCGGUUCUCCGGUAAUCGAGACCGCCGAUGGCAGGGCCCACUCCAGAUGCGAUCGAGUCCUUCGUCGGAAUCACUGGUGCGUCCCACUCACUCGCCGUGCGGAAACUCGAGGAACACGGAGGCAAUCUGGACGAAGCUCUGAAUGCGCAUUUCAGCGGAAUAGAGAGCUGCAACACGAAUGCAGUACCCAGCACUCUCCCUCUGUACAGUUCUGUAAAUCCUAUAAAUCAAGUACCAAAUGAGCCACGAGGCAUUUCACCAGUUAUUUCUGCUGUUCGAAGUUUUAGGCCAUCGUUGCUGCUUGACCCGAGCUAUAGGAGGAAUCUCUGGAACCAACUUGGUGCUUCUGUCUUCAACAGCGGUAGACCAUCAACAGCUCCCACAAUACCUUAUGCCAGCGGUUAUGAGCCGCCGCCUUAUCAAUCAGGAGCAAGGCCUGCAAUGCAGGAUGCAUAUGGAGCUUCACUAUCUAAUCAUGUCCAUCCUUAUGGAACUAUGUCGAGAUAUGACGAACCACAUCCUAGUGAUAACAACGUGGAAGAAGAAAUGCUCAGGCGUGCAAUUGAGGCUUCAAAACAGGAUGUAAGGGAGAGUCUUAGUAUUAUAUGAAAUAGCUCCAUUGCAAUGCAUUUUAGAACCCUAAUGUUGUCUUUUCUCUCUCUCUCUCUUCUUCUUCUUCUUCUUACCUUUGUUUCCGCUUAUGGCCUUCUUUUCGCCAAUGCACUCCAUAUAGAUCCAAACCUCAUCCAGAGCAGGGGUUGUUCAGGGUGAACUUCAUUUAGAAGACGAGGAGCUUGCUCGUGCAGUAUCUUUUUCAAUGAAGACUGCAGAAGAAGAGAAGGCUAUGCGUGAGCUAGUGGCAAAAGACCAGGUUCGAGCUCAUGAUCUAAGUGAAAGGGCCGGAAGUAGCCAUAGCUGGCAGGAUGGGAGCUCGAGCUCAAGAGAGAAAGUUGUUGACGAACAAUUGUGGAGUGCCAUGUCUUCUGAGGAGCUUGAUGAAGCUAUUCUUCUCGAGACGGCAAUUUUUGGUCAAAAUUAUAGAGGAAGUUCCCAUAAACAAGCAUCAGUUGUGCCCACUUCUGAGGACAGAAGUAGUGUAUCUGUCAGUUCAAAAAGUGCACAAAAUCCCUUAUCUGACUUGCGGAAGGAACGGCAGUCACUUCGAGAGGAACAGGAUAACGAGUAUCUGGCUUCUCUCCUGGCUGAUAAGGAAAAGGAGGUGGCAGUAUCAAAGAAAGCUGAAGUAUCUAGUCCAAUUGAAGAAGGAAGCUCCCAAAGUACAAUGCUUGAUGACGUGGGAAAGGAGAGGCUGCUUGCUGCAAAAGAAGCAUUGCUUCCUGAAGAGCCGCUUGUGGACGAGGAGAAUGCAGUGACUCUGCUCCUGCGCAUGCCAGAUGGUAGUCGCCAUGGCCGCCGCUUUCUCAAAUCCGACAAGCUGAAAUGUGUGUUUGACUUCAUUGACGUUGGCAGAGCUGUUAAGCCUGGAACGUACAGAGUGGUGAGACCAUAUCCUAGGCGUGCUUUCUCUGUGGAAGAUGGCUCAUUGAGUUUGUAUGAAGCUGGUCUGAACAGUAAACAAGAAGCCUUGUUCUUGGAGUUCAUUUAGCCUUCACGCUUUACUGCUUCGAACAUCACAGUUGAUCAUGAGGCGAUUGAGAGGAGUAUAGCCGCCAGUGGGUGAAUAGAUUGCUGUAGUGUAUGGUACAAUCCAUCCCACUUGGUCCUUUCCUUUUGAAUUUUGCUGUGGUUUGUUUCCUUUUGCAACAUGAGACUUGAUGGGUUUAGAAAUUACAGAAUUUCAAACGUGAAAGUUGGGGACUGCAACUGUCUUUUACGUUUGUAGAUGCAGAAACAAAUUACACAUUUCCUGUAAUUUCCUGUACGGCCCGGGCUGGGCAAGCUGUUGGUUGACCCUCUUGUAGUAUCCUGGCCGUUUCUGCCAUAGCUCUGUGUACUCGUUAAACUUGUCUGGAGUGGUUCCUUCAAGGGUUCCCAUUCCUGAUUCUAGCAGGGAUUACAGUUAAGCUUUCAGGCCAUUUGGGUAGUGCCCCACCUGCUGUUUUCCCUUACUAACUGUCAUCCCUUACUAACUGUCAACGCGGUAAAUGUUACAUUUGGUAACUGAGAUUACUAAAUUGUGUCAUAUUUAG